AUGCGUCUACGCAGAUUUAAUCCUGUCGCUGAGCACGUUCCAGGUAAAUUGCUUGUGGUUCCUGAUACGCUUUCGCGAAACCCUAUGAAAACACAAAAUGACAGCAGAGAGACUGCUAUUGAAAUUUUCGUAAAUUCGAUUGAACAGUUGCGACCAAUAUCGGAUAUGAAAUUGGAGCGUAUACGGGACGCACAGUUCAAUGAUGCAGGUGUCCAAAAAGCAAUCGUAUAUACAAAGUAUGGUUGGCCAGAAAAAGAAACUUGUGUGGAUGUACCAGCACGAGAAUACUUUGCAUCACGAGGAGAACUUUCAGUGUCUAAUGGUUUGCUUUUAUACCGUGAUCGAGUUGUUGUUCCAGAAGAACUACGUAAAGAGAUUAUGGAAAAUCUCCAAGAAGGUCACAUGGGCAUUGAGAAAUGUCGUGAACGCGCUAGAACAACCGUAUGGUGGCCUGGCCUUACCAAGUACAUUAAGGCAAAAGUAGACUCUUGUCAAUUCUGUCAAGACCACAAACCUACCCAAAGGAAAGAACCAUUGAAAAACAUUACGAGUAGUCAAGUAAUUCUGCGAUUGAAAAAUAUCUUCGCACAUUGGGGUGUCCCGGAAGAGUUUGUAUCGGACAACGGUACGCAAUUUGCAUCACGUGAGUUCGCAGAGUUCGCGAAGGAAUAUGGAUUCCGACAAACUUUUUCGAGUCCACAUUAUCCUCAGGGAAAUGGUGAGGCAGAGAGUGGUGUAAAAACAGCUAAGCGUAUUCUAGACCAAGAUGAUGUGUUCAUUGCACUUAUGGCAUAUCGAGCAACACCUAUCGUCGCGACUGGUUCGAGCCCGAGCCAGUUGAUUAUGGGUAGACAAAUUCGUACUACAGUGCCAGUCGUCGAGAAGAAAUUAGUUCCAAAAUGGCCGAAUGCAAAGAAUGUAAGGAAACGGGAUACAGAAUAUAAACGUUGUUAUGUCUAUCAUUACAACCGUCGACAUGGUGUACGAGAUUUACCCGAUCUGGACAUUGGUGAUGAGGUCAAGGUCAAACUAGAUGGCGAAAAACUCUGGUCCGCGAAGGGAGUCGUAGAAGAGGCGUAUCCUGAAAUUAGGUCAUACCGUGUCAGAACGCCAAAGGGGGUAUACCAACGAAAUCGUAGACAUCUACAGACUAUUGCCCCAGAUGACGUCAGAAUUACUCCGACGUACGAUAAAUUGUUGUCAGGUGAUCUUAACGUCACACCGAGGAAAACUGUUCCGUCAGCAGUCUCAACACCACAUGUGAAGUCGUCAACGUCAACACCACCAGCUCCAAUUGUAGACAAGUCAACGUCACCUACUGAUGUUUCGGACAACACAUACACCAGUCCAAAGAGGUUGACCAAACUUCCUACGAGGCUGAAAGACUAUGAGGUCACAUGA